AGCCUCACCUCUCUGGAUGUGGGAGCGCUGCCGUCGGUGUGGGGCACUUCGGAGGCUGUGCGUGCCAUGCUGGAACUGGCGCACUUUAGGGGUCUGGUGAAGUCCAACUCGGAGUUUCAGGUUUUGGAGGAUAUUUCUUCCAAUCUGAUGCAGACGCAGAUAGCCUAUGCAUGCGGCGCGCACACACCAGAUUAUCGAUCGGCCACAGGCCGCAAACACGACUCGCAGUCAUAG